GCCUCGUCCCCUCGCGUCUAUGCGGACUACGAUUUACAAUACAGCGUGUCCGCCGACUGAACUAGAGUGGAGGUUGUUGGUUGUGCGGAGGCGGCGGAGGCAUCGGCGUUUGCGGCUUUCGCUUUAAGGUUUUUUUUUUUUUAAAAUACAUAAACAAAAAAGGCGCAGCAAAAACACACAUUUGGCAGAAAAUUAAGGAGUACAACGUUGGGUUGAUGAGGCGCGCGGCGUGGAGUUUGCUGGAGGAGUUGUCAUUCUGUAAAUAUCGCUUCAGCGUGCCGAAGUGAGUGAUGGAGAAUUAUUCAGGCUUCUUCCUGGAUUGCUCCUGAACAAUCCUGAGGAGUCUUGGAGUCGAAUACACAUUAGCCCAGUAUAGCUUGUGCCUGCAACAGCAUUCAACAGUGGCAGAGAUACAAUGGGCAGAGAUACCAUGGAAGAAGCAGAAAAAAAUCAAUGGUGAUCGACUCCUCAAUGGUGAAGUCAGUCGGAACAAUGCUGGAACAACAUGCGAUGCAUAAGACUGAAGGUGGGCUAUGCUGGAAAAAUGUAUAAAGACUGGUCAGCCAUGCCUCUUUGAUUUUCAGGCUUCCUUCUGGUCACUGGCCAGGGAAGCUUGGCAUACUUGCAGCUGAAAUGAAUUGUGUGCGGCCAAAGUGAUUCUUUGCUUCGAAAAAGGAGCCAAACUUGAAGGGGGGGGGGGGGGAAAGCGCAUCUCGAGGGCGUCGAGCCAUGAGGCUGCUUGAGGGAGGUGUCUUCCUGAGGGUGCUACUGCUCGUGCUGCUGCUGUGUCCCGGGGGAGGGCGAGGCGCCGGGGAUGGAAUUUUCAUCGUUCCAUCCCUGCCGCCCGAGCCCUCUCGUCCCCCGUUCAACUGCAACCACACGUCCAUCAAGCUGGACUUCUCAUCCAGCGUGGUCAGCAAUGAAUACAUCGUGACGUUCAACGGGUACUUCACAGCGCGAGCACGACACUCCUUCGUGGCGGGCGCCUUAAGGGGCGCCGGCGUGUCGUCGUGGCACGUGGUGCCGCGGCACAAUGCUGCCAGUGACUUCCCGAGUGACUUCGAGGUGGUGACAAUCGGCGAGCGGCGUCGGCACGGCAUCGCCGCUCUCGAGCGGCACCCAAGCGUGCGCCGUGUAACGCCGCAGCGCCGUGUUGUACGCUCGCUCAAGUUCGUGGACGAGUCACCUUGCAACGGCUCUGCGGGGUGGCCCCAGAAAUGGCAAUCUUCGCGCGCCCUGCGCCGUACCAGCCUCUCGCUGGGAUCCAACUUCUGGCGUUCGACAGGACGCCACUCGUCGCGGCGCCUUCUGCGCGCCAUCCCGCGCCAGGUUGCGCAGACCUUGCAGGCCGACUCGCUCUGGGGCAUGGGCUUCACAGGAGCUGGUGUGCGGGUGGCUGUGUUUGACACCGGAUUGAGCGAGCGACACCCCCACUUCAAGAAUGUGAAGGAGCGCACCAACUGGACUAACGAGAAAACACUCGACGACGGACUGGGCCAUGGCACUUUCGUGGCAGGGGUGAUUGCUAGCAUGCGGGAGUGCCAAGGAUUCGCUCCUGAUGCCGAGCUACACAUCUUUCGCGUUUUUACCAACAACCAGGUAUCCUACACCUCGUGGUUCCUGGACGCUUUCAACUACGCCAUCCAGAAGAAGAUCAAUGUGCUGAACCUCAGUAUCGGUGGGCCUGACUUCAUGGACCACCCAUUUGUAGAUAAGGUUUGGGAACUCACAGCUAACAAGGUCAUAAUGGUGUCAGCAAUAGGGAAUGAUGGCCCUUUGUACGGCACCCUCAACAAUCCGGCCGACCAGAUGGACGUGAUCGGGGUGGGGGGCAUUGACUUUGAGGACAACAUCGCCCGUUUUUCCUCCAGAGGGAUGACCACCUGGGAGUUGCCCGGUGGCUAUGGACGCAUGAAGCCAGACAUCGUGACGUACGGCUCGGGUGUACGCGGUUCCGGCAUCAACGGUGGUUGCCGCUCGCUAUCGGGCACCAGCGUCGCCUCUCCUGUCGUCACUGGCGCCGUCACACUCCUCGCCAGCUCUGUGCAGAACCGCGACAUCAUAAACCCUGCCAGUAUGAAACAAGCCCUGAUGGCUUCCGCACGCCGGCUGCCGGGGGUCAACAUGUUUGAACAGGGCCAUGGCAAGCUGGACCUGCUGAGGGCAUACCAGGUUCUCAACAGCUACAAGCCACAGGCCAGCCUGAGCCCCAACUACGUGGACCUGACUGAGUGUCCAUACAUGUGGCCCUACUGCUCUCAGCCCAUCUACUACGGUGGCAUGCCCACCAUCGUCAAUGUCACCAUUCUCAAUGGCAUGGCCGUCACUGGCCGCAUUGUUGACAAGCCGGUGUGGCAGCCCUACCUGCCACAGAAUGGGGACAGCAUCGAGGUGGCGUUCUCCUACUCGCAAACACUGUGGCCGUGGUCGGGCUACCUGGCCCUGUCCAUCUCUGUGGCCAAAAAGGCGGCCGGGUGGGAAGGGAUCGCUCAUGGGCACGUCUCUCUCACCAUUGCCUCUCCAGCAAAUUCACAGGCAGAGGAUAGUAGCGAGCAGACGUCAAGCGUCCGACUGCCUGUGCGCGUCAAGGUGAUUCCCACUCCUCCUCGCAGUAAGCGGAUCCUCUGGGACCAGUACCACAACCUCCGUUACCCACCAGGCUACUUUCCCCGUGACAACCUGCGCAUGAAGAACGACCCUCUCGACUGGAAUGGAGACCACAUCCACACCAACUUCCGUGACAUGUACCAGCACCUGCGCAGCAAUGGCUAUUUCCUGGAGGUGCUAGGGGCACCAAUCACCUGCUUUGAUGCCAGCCAAUACGGCACGCUCGUGCUGGUGGACAGUGAGGAAGAAUACUUCCCCGAGGAGGUGUCGAAGCUGAAGCGUGACGUGGACCAUGGCCUGUCCGUCAUUAUCGUGAGCGACUGGUACAACACGUCUGUCAUGCAGAAGGUCAAGUUCUACGAUGAGAACACCAGGCAGUGGUGGAUGCCAGACACGGGCGGUGCAAACGUUCCGGCUCUCAAUGACCUGCUCACGCCCUGGAACAUGGCCUUCAGCGACCGCGUGUUUGAGGGCGACUUCACCAUCGGCGACCACGAGAUGUAUUAUGCUUCAGGCAGCAGCAUUGCGCGUUUCCCCAAAGACGGGAUUGUUAUUACACAGACGCUGAAGGAUCAAGGCAUGGAUGUGCUGCGGCAGGAGGCUUACACGGUGGAGGGGGUGCCCAUCUUAGGUUUGUACCAGGCGAGCGGGGACGGUGCUGGUCGCAUUGUGCUGUAUGGCGACUCCAACUGCCUCGAUGACAGCCACCGACAAAAGGACUGCUUCUGGAUGCUGGAUGCGUUGCUGCAGUACACGGCGUACGAUGUCCUCUCGCCCGUGUUUUCGGAAGCGAAUGCGCGUGGGGCCAUCCAGCAGAUCACUCACGAAGGCCCGCUGCCCACGCGCAUGGAGGGAAACCACCUGUACCGUUACUCCAAGGUGUUGGAAGCUCACCUAGGGGAUCCGAAGCCCCGACCCCUUCCUGCCUGCCCCCACCUGUCCUGGGCCAAGCCGCAGCCGCUGAACCAGACUGCACCCAGCAAUCUGUGGAAGCAGCCAAAGCUUCUGGCUAUGGACCCUGAGCCAAUAUCCUUUCCAAACCUGAGGCAGAACCGUCCCCAGGUGCGGCCUCUUUCACCCGGAGAGAGCAGUGCCUGGGACGUCCCUCAGGGUAUAAUGCCGGGCCGGUAUAACCAGGACGUGGGCCACACUAUCCCCGUGUUCGCGUUCUUCGGCGCCACGGUGGUGCUCGCGUUCUUUGUUGUCAAAAUCAGCAAGACGAAGAGUCGGCCAAAAAGGAAAAGGCCACUGCGUUUAAAACGGCUGCAUCUCGCCGUCACCACCAAGCCCUCUGUUUGAUGACGUGGGCAGUCAAAAAACAUGGCUUUUGUUAACAUUUAGCACCUCCAUCCCAGUGUGCGUGUUUUACACCACUGGCAGUGUCAAAAGAAGCCCAGGACUUCUCCUGCACCGGUGGUUUUUUGAUGCCACUGGUCACGCUUGGGAUACCGAAGAUGCUUUUCUGCGAUCAGCUCAUCACGCACAAUUUAAGCGGGAUGUGCAGGACUUGAGAGAGGUUUUUUUUGCGAGUUUGAGGGUUAUUUUUUAACUGCGAUUUCCCAAGAAACACCAACGUGGUGGAUGAUGCUGUGUGAUUUUGAAGAGAAAAUAGAAGGGAACCCCUAUUUCCUUCCAAACGAGGUUUGAACUCUACAGUGAUCCUCCACGAACUCUUGUGUUUACGCUCACAGACCAAACUAAAUGUACAGUAUAUCAAGACGGAUGCUAAUUGGUAAUUUUGCAGGAAGAUAGUUAUUGGUGAACAGCUUUUAAUUUGUUCACUGAAAUGUUGCAUUUCUUCACAUUCUUCACUACAUUAUUUUAUUCCAAUCUGAAUUUUCAAAAUUGUUUUGUCUUGGGGAAGGAGGGAAAAAUAUGAAUGCCUAAAAGUUAUGUCACGAAGAAUGCGCACAUACAAACACCUAAAAAAAAUUGUCAAUGUUUACUUUUAAAUGUUGCACCUUAUGUUUAUCACCUGAAUUCUCUCGAAGGUAAUAAUUAUCGUACUAAUUUGAAUAUAAACCAUUUUUUCAAACUCAUCCGGGACAUUACUCAAAUUACCUCUAUUUAUGCUGCUAUGCCUGCAAGCUAAAUAAAACAUUUUGUUCAACUUUUGAGUUAGGAAACUUGUUUUGUGUUCACAAGAUUUUAUAAAGUAAAAUAUUAAAGUUUAUUUCAGUUGAAAAAGUGCCAAAUAGUGCAUGCUUAAUGAAAUGUCGUGGAAUAGCUCAUGCUUGUUGAUGCGUCAACAGAAUUGCUCUGUGGAUAUUCUGGCUCAAAAUCAUAAUAGUUGUCACAUACGUUCUGUUAAGUUAAUUUUACAAGCAAUUUUUUUUUACAUUCGUAAGUAGUAGGCUGGGCAAAUUUAAAUACAUGUUUCAGCAUUACAUGGCACCAAAUGGUGUUUAGCAGCUUGUGUUAAAUGUUUAUCGUUUGACACGACCAGUAUGUGUGAUUUUUUUUAUAUAUAUAAACCAAUUUCUCUAUUGCACCGUACAUAGUAUGAGUGACGUUACGUUUAAGAUUCAAUUUAUUCAAGUUGCGUGGAGCAAAAAUGAACAGCAAAUGGGUUUUCUAAAUGAUGUGCUUUACCUCUGCAACACUUUUUGCAGAAAAAUGCUCAAACUUUAAAAAUGACGUUUAAAAUGGAAAAUCUAAAUGGUUUGAAAUAUAAUAAAAGUGGCACGUUUUUGCAAAGGUGGGACCGCUUUUGGCCCACUUUGCACAACAUUAUUUAUUGCAGGUGUUAAGUGUUCACAUCCGUUAUUAGACACUUUUUUAACGUCUUUUUCUCCAUGUUGUAAAUUUUUAAAUACGAUUUUUGCUGUAAUAGUUAAAAGUGAAUGACCAGUGAAAAUGUGGCCGGGCACUGAACUACUUACUCAAGGUUACAGAAUGAAUCUGGCUGCGUAUAAUGUAUGUGCAGUCAUGAAGAUACCCAUCACUGCCAUUUGACUGUGCCUGCAAUUUAAUUCGAGCCAAAUUAAACCAAAACAGCUGCCCGCACAAGGGCGUGAUUCAAUUGCUUUAUAUUGCACAACAUAAAAUAUUUUCCUGAAUUCCCCAAUGACUCCAAAUAACUCUUUUACAAAUUCUUUUCAGACCUUAGAAUUCAAUUGGCUCUGAAAGUUAAUUGUUUUAAGUGAAGCAUCAUCCCAACAUGAUGGAUGUUUUAGCAAUCAUGUGUUCCACCUUGCAUCAGGAUGUGUACUGCUAUCCCUGUCAACUAAAGUGAUCAUUAUGUUCUAUUUAAGUCAUGUUGAAAUUGCAUUUCUUAUGACUUUGUUAAAGCUGGAAUUUCUGUGAGAAAUGGCCACCAUUUUAUCCAGAAUAUGGUGAAAAAUACCCAUCAAGAUAAAAAAAGAUUACUUAAAGUGUCAUUGCCACCAUGUAACAUCAGGGGGGAAGUAUGGGGCCACUAAUAUGUUGACCAGACUGCUAAAAAUCUGCAGAAGCAGUCAACUUUAAUCAAAAUGUGGCUCCGUAUUGGAAAAAUUACAGUGCAGUGAAACAGCUGCAUAGCAAUUAACUGGACUGCAAUGUUCCCAUAGCUCUAAUAUAGCUUAAAAUGAACUUGCGCAGGGAGAGUAAUUUUGCAUGUUAUGAUGCUUGUGUAGACAAUGAUGUUGGUCCUGGACAAGUUUCAUAUUCAUUUUAUUGUGGCUUUUUUGGAGAAGGAAUUGCCACUUGUGGCCGUACAUUUUCUACACCUUUUUGUGGGUGUAAAUUGUCAAAUUCUUUGAUAGAAAUAUUCUGGUUUAGUGUUUUUUCAACAUUCCAAAUUUUUUUGGUGCUCUGGACAUGUGUGUAAAAUUAGUGGGCAACUAAUAUGGUGUAAUGAAGAAUGAGGAGCAUGUUUUGCACUGCCCAGCAUUUGUUUAACUUUUAUUUUCAUCCUGUAACUUCUGUUGCAAAAUGUACAGGUAAAUAAUUGUUUUCAGCCUUUCCUUUAAAUAAACAUGGUUUUGUAAAGUUUGAAAUAAAUCUAUAUGCUGCAAACAGAAA